GGUACCGCAAGCUAAUACUUAGAUCCACAUCGAAAUAUGCAGGACUCCAUUGGAGUUGUCAUGAUCCCUCCUAAAGACACAAAACAAGUGAGGUUUGCGCAACACCAAACCAUGCUACUCGCAAAAGUCUUCGUUGCAGUUCUUUGUUUGGCUAGUGUUGCAGUUCUUUGUUUGGUGAGUGCCACCAGCGCCAAGCAGGAUAAAUUCAUAACGGCACAUGAGCAACCAGCAGAGAAACAAACCGUUAUUGCCAAGAAGAACAAAAUAAACAGCAAGGUUUCCAAGACAUUGAUGGCACAACAAACCUCCAUGGCUUCCUUGCUCAAGAGCUUCCCCAACAACAAUAGUAUCAAUCUUUCAUUGGAUACCCCCAUGCCGGCACUCACAACUCCCAUGCCACCGCUUGUUAACAACAAGGAACAACAAGAUUUGGUGAGUGCCACCAGCUCCAAGCAGGACAAAUCAACAACGGCCCAUGGUGGCGGCAAGCAUCAGGCCAGAGUCAAGAGCAGUUCCAGUCUUCGCACCGAACGCAAAAGUAACGAAACAGCCAAGAGGGCUUCCGCUGGCAAACGCUCGGACUGCUCCGUAAGGUGCUACAACAUGUUUGCCAAGUCCACGGGAUUCGGAUCUCUGUCGAAUAAGAGAACUGCCUAUGGUACCAAAGCUUGGGACAAGUGCCAUUGUGACGACCUCUUUUGCGAGGAACCCCUUGAAUUCAAGCCAUUGUCCAACGACAGAAGUGUGGGCAGUGUACUGCGCCACUGUCAAUGGUCCCACCGAGCCAUUGAUACCCUGGCCGACAUGGUCAAUAGGAGCAACAUUUGCUCUCCAGAUCAGCAAGAUGCAUUUGUCCCUGACAAGCAAUGGGAAAGAUACAACUUUGCCGACUUUUUCAACAGGCGUCAUGUUUGGGAAGGGGAGCAAUGGUGCAUCAAGCCAAAAAUCCCAGGAAGUCUAAUGGAGGCAUUCUAUACCCAUGCCAUGGCAACCAUCAACACAACGGACGAACACGAAUAUGACGCAAAGAAAUAUGACCUCCUCACUCAUGUUGUCAGGGAACGAGUCCGAUGUCUGACCAACAAGUCAGAUUGCAAUGUAAAGCCCCCCCACAGUGCCACCCAAGCACCACUGCUGCCAGAACCGGGAACCCUCUUGAUUCACGUCCGAUUGGGCGAUGUCAUUGAUUCUGCAGCUGAUUCCGUCCAAGACCUUCUCAAGGAACAAAUGUACUACUAUCGGCUAAACAGCACCGCAAAGGGAGGCUGUUGUACCAAUCCGUGGGAGCAUCCGGAAAACCCUCCUCUAAAACUUCUAUGGAAUCGGUAUGUUCGACCUCUCUCCUACUUCAGAGAACAACUACAGUCUGUACACCAAGAGCGCUUUGCAUCGAUUGUUCUCAUGGGAGCAGCUCACAAGGGCCAGGACUUGCCCGAAGAAUUCAGGAAUGCCCUGGGAAGCUGCAUCUACACACACGCACUAAAGGUUUACGUGCAAACGGCCUGGCCGAAUCACAAAGUGACGCUUCGAUUGGGACAGCCCCCCGAUAAUGACGUGAUAUUUGCUUCUCAGGCAAAAUAUCUCGUGGCAUCUGGCGGCGUGUUUUCCAGGCUUCUGAGGCAACUACGUUACAAUUUUUUUCAUGAAACAAGAGAGAAGAAGAGCGGGGAGGACGAUGAAGCAAAACUGUAGUACCGGUACCGACUAAAUCAGAUGAUAGUCCCUGGCUAGCGGUUGCUGCAGUUGGGGCUAUCCGUACGAAUAAGCAAACCACUGGUCCCAUACGCGUCUGGCCUCCAGUUUUGUCUUCAAAGCCCACGGCCGGAAGGUAAUUCGACCCCUCCGCUCUGCCUCUUAUGCAACGGUAUUGAGAGUAAAUACUAAAUAGAUACGGCAACGGUAUCGGUACCGGAGUAUCCCAGCAGCUCUCAUCAGCUCAUGUGAAGACCGCCAGCGCGCCCCGUGGAU